AUGCAUAAUACCUCACCACCCAAGACCACAGAACCAACAGAUCCUGGUGCUAAUAACCCAACAACCCAAAACAGUAAUCCUACUACCACACCCAACUCUAAUCCUAGCCAAGCACCUACUCAAGCUCCUCAAGAUGCACCUGCUCAGGCUCCUCCAGAAGCACCAUCUCAAGCUAAUCCAGAAGCCCCUGCUCAGCCACCUGCACCAAUUGAGAUCGACCUCUCCCAGCCAAACUACUCCGAUGCACAACAGUCCCAACAUAGUCAAGAGGAUCCACCUGCGAGGCCAUUUAAGUUGCAGACAAGAAGGAGGUCCUCCACACCACCUUCAGGAUCGAUUACUGUGGAUCCACUACAAGGAGAAAGCUCAGUCACAUCUUCAAGACUGGCCAACUUCCUAAAAUUUGUCCCAACACCUGGCUUCAAGCCACCAAGGAAGAAGAAAUGA